UAGCUGUCGGCAGUGACGUUUCUGAAUUUUCACGGCCAGCCGUCAAGAAAAAGGCGAAAAAAUUAUUUUUCGAAUAAGCGCUGCGAACUUUAAUCGCGUCGGAAAACAGCCAUUUAGUUUUCUGUGUAUUAUUUUCGUGCGUGGGUUUAUUUUGUAUCACUAUAUGGUUAGUGCAAAAAUUUUCAAGGAUAAGCUUGUACAGUGCAAAGUUGUCACGAACAGCGUCAGUGAUAAAUUCAUGGUACCAUUCAACCAUUCUGUGGACAAACCUUAUCAGUUCUAGGAGCACAGACGUUUUUUAGUAGUGGAGAUAAUUUCGGUGUGACGCUUUUAAUCAAGGGAAAGGUGCUGAUAAUGACUUCGAAUCCAUGCUAGUGCUUUAUUCUGUACCGUAUUUGAAUAUAGACAAGAGUGCUAUCGAUAGCUUUAGAUUUCGGAGAGUCGAUGGUGUUUCCGGCACGAAACAACAUCUUCCGAAGCAAACAGCAGAGUUCCGAUGACAGACGAACAGCUAGUCAAUUUGGAUUUGGAGGAAACCAACACGAAUCCAAAUAAUUCCACUACUGCAGUUAUACAUCGAGAAAAGGAAUCUUCCAACCAGCAAAGUCUGACAACGUCAAAGAAAUCUUUAUCGAACGGGGUAGUGUUCGGGGUGACGGGACGAGAGACAGCGACCCAAACUCGUUUGACUAAUAGUGCAGACAAGAACAAAACCAAACAGCAUGUGAUAAACAGCGAUCUGUCAGCACCGCACGAAAAACAAAGUCUAGUAUCACUGUCGCCCUCGGAAGAAGUGGCAGCCGCAAGUUUGGUGUCCAUUAUUCCGGAAGUGCAUUUCGAAGGCAUCACACUGGAUACCAGCAUAGAUCGGGAGUCUCAGCCACUGCUGGGCGGCCGAGAGCAUGAGAUUACGUACAACCAGUUUCCAGAUGAUCCGCACUUCAGCGAUCUGGUGUACUCGGCGGAAAUUGCCAUCGAUGCCGGUAUCUACCCGGAACGCAUCUAUCAGGGCAGCAGUGGGUCCUAUUUCGUCAAAAACCCCGCAAACAAAGUCGUUGCAGUCUUUAAACCUAAGGACGAAGAACCCUACGGAAGAUUGAACCCAAAAUGGACCAAAUGGAUGCACAAGCUGUGCUGUCCGUGUUGCUUCGGUCGAGCGUGUCUAAUUCCGAAUCAAGGAUACUUAUCGGAGGCGGGAGCAAGUUUGGUGGAUCAGAAGUUGAACUUGAACAUUGUACCAAAAACUCGUGUAGUGCGGCUUGUUUCGGAGACCUUCAACUAUCCAAGAUUGGAUCGCCAGAAGGCGCGGAUAAAAAAGACUAUCAAAGAACGAAUACCGGCUGCCCGGUUCAACCGAAUGAGCCUUCCGCCGAAAACGGGCUCUUUCCAGCUGUUUGUGGACGGUUACAAGGAUGCCGAUUACUGGCUGCGGCGGUUCGAACAGGAACCUCUACCUACGCGAUUAGGGCAGAAAUUCCAAAUUCAGUUCGAGCGGCUGGUGGUUUUGGAUUAUAUAAUUCGGAACACCGACCGGGGCAACGACAAUUGGCUUAUCAAAUACGAACAACCCACGAUUGUGCCGCAGAGUAAUGGAAGCACGCCUAACGGUAUACCACGAAGCAACAGUCGAUUAGAGAUGAAUGAAAAUACGGACUGGAAUCUUGUUCAAAUGCCGGAGAUUAGAAUCGCGGCGAUCGAUAACGGGCUAGCGUUUCCGUUCAAGCAUCCGGACUCGUGGCGGGCCUAUCCUUACCACUGGGCCUGGCUACCACAGGCCAAGGUUCCUUUCAGUCAGGAUAUUAAGGACCUCAUAUUACCAUCUCUAUCCGAUCUGAACUUCGUCGAAGAACUGUGCAAUGAACUGUACGAACUGUUCAAACAGGAUAAAGGUUUUGAUCGUGGCCUAUUCGAGCGGCAAAUGUCUGUGAUGCGGGGUCAGGUUCUGAAUCUGACACAAGCUUUAAAGGAUGGCAAAAGUCCUGUCCAGCUGGUGCAAAUGCCAGCUGUUAUUGUUGAACGAUCAAAAGAAAACCCCGGUUCGGCAAGGUUUUUCUCAUUCCAACAGCGCUUCCAAAACAAGAGCCCAUUUUUUUCUUGGUGCUAAAGGAUUGCCUGCAUCAGAAGAACGCUUGCCUACUCCAGCGGCUUACAGAAAAGAGGUGUGAUGGCUGUGCGAGUAUCAUGGUAAAUAAAAACGGUUAAGUAGAUAUCUACGGAAUAAUACUAUUCUAUAAUGUUGCACGUACCGCUGGACAGUGAUCGAUACGUUAGGUAGAACAAGGUCCGGGAACACUACUUGUUUGUAUGUAUAAAUAAAUAAAAUCGUUAUAACAUUCAUAUGGAAGCCAAUCUAUUUGUAUUUAGCAAUAAAUAAUAUCAUAGUUUAAUAGUGCAAAAUGUGUAAUCCACUAACCACAUCAACUGCAACUGCAAUUUUAACAAUGUGUAAUUUUACCGAUAUAGAGUACAGUAAUUAUCAUUUCCAAUCCUAAAAUGUUUAAAUUUGAUACAUUUUCAUUGGCAGAAACCCCUACCAGAACAAAACACUUGGUUCAACUAAGCUCAUAAUUCAGCUUGAUUUUGUGUACAUACAGCACGAAACUUUAAAAAAAUAUUCUGAAAACUCAACGAUAUAUGUUUUGUGAUUCAUCUCAGUUUUUUGAUAAAAAAAAAUUCUAACAAGCACUAUAUUCAGUAAGUAGAGAAUCUGAAAAUCAAUACUACUCUUAUGUAAUGAAACGAAACUUCAUCCCAGAGUGUCUGAGGCUGGGAAGCUCACACAGGCAACAAACGUACGAGGAAUUUGAAAUGAAAAUACGAGAUUGUACCGGUAGGUCCAAACAAAAAAAAAUACUUAGAGAAAUUGAUCAAAUUUUUCAUAACCUUACGACAGAAACAAACUUUAGGCUAGAUGCAUCUUAUUAGAUAGAUAGGGUUAGUAGUAUCUGAAUCCAUUGAAACCAAUCGUGCGAGUGAAUCCGAGCAUGUGCAAAAAAAAAAACUAGAAACAACAGAAUUACUAUGUAUUUGAAACCCAGCCCCCAAACGUGAACAUUGAUAGUGUUUUAGUUCAACUUCAACAUCACACAAUCCUCAAUACGCCCGUGGCAUUAUACAAUCAGUUAGUUUCGGUGACAAUUUAAUCAUAACCCAUCCAAUGGUAA